AUGCGCUGUCCGCCCGCGUUUCUUCCCCGGCAGAACGCGGAGGCGCUGCUGUCGCUUGGCGCGCUGCAGCUGUUGCUGCCGCUCGCGCAGGACAGCAUGGCGUCCGUGCGAUCCGCUGCGACGCUGUCGCUGGGUCGCCUGGCGAAUGUGUCGCAUACGUGGUCGCACCACCUCGUGCAGCGCAACGUGCUGCCGUCGCUCUGCAAAGCGCUCACCGGCACCAAUCGCCACCACAAGCGCGCAGCAGCAUAUCUAGUCAAGGCCGUGUCGCGCCACGCUGGCGCUGAGCUGGCAGAGGCGGGCGUGCUGCCGUUGCUGACGGAGUGCCUUCUGGAUGCCAUGCUGGCGGUGCGGGAGACUGCUGCGUGCGCAUUGGGCCACGUGGCGAAGCACAGCGGUGACCUGGCGAUGAGAGUGGUUGAGACGGGUGCAGUGCGGUUGCUGGUGACAUGCCUUCAGGACGAGGCUGUAGCGCGGAUAGCCCUCUCAGUGCUGAGUGACGUGGCACGCCACUCGCUGCUGCAUGCUACAGCCGUGGCCGAUGCGGGCGGCAUUACCGCCGCCGUCUCUCUGUUGGGAUCACCUGACGUCAAGACAAGGCGUCAGGUCUGCGUCUGCCUUUCUACCAUCGCCAGGCACUCUGAAUCCCUCGCCCUGCAAGUGUUGGACCAACCAGGAGCAUCUCGCCUGCUGCUCUGCCUGCACGACUCAUCCCCUUCCCUGCGGGCGUCAGCAGCAGCGGCGGUGAGGGAGGUGGCGAGGCAGGGACCGGCAGCAGCAGGCCGGCUGGUGGGCAUGGGGGGCAUUGGGCCGCUGCUGGAUGCUGUAGGCACGUGGAGGGACGAAGGGGAGGGGGAGGGCAUGACCAAAGGCUCCGCCAAGGUUUCAGUGGUGGUGGCCCUCGGCUUCCUCGCAGCUUCCUCCCCCGAUGCAGCGCUGGCAGUGGUGGCAUCGGACGGCAUAUCCCCGCUGCAGGAUCUCAUAGUGGAGGGCGACGCUGACGUCACCCUCAAAGGGGCCUGCGCGUGGGCGCUCUCCCAGAUGGCUUCCCAUGGUCCCAGCCACGCCAAGGCCGUGGCAGACAGUGGGGUGUUGAUCGACAUGGUAACAGCAGCCACCGUUCACCUCCCUGCUCCCGAACCUGUUGCCGGGCCUGCCGCUGCUGCUAUGGCGGAUGGUGCGGAGGCUCGGAAGCGCUUGGUGCAGGCAGUGAAGGAUGUGGUGGUUCGGGUGAAUGACAUCGAAGCGCUUGAUGCGCUGCUGCAGUGGACUAAGCUGCCGGACGGCAUACUGGAGUCUGUCCUGCAUCGCAUGUCUGUAGUGCUCGCUAAAGACAAUGCCUGCCGCCCAGCCUUCCUCGCGUCGAACGGCUUCACUCGUCUGCAGCGCCUGCUACAGCUGGCAGAGGCAAAAAGAGCCGCUGCUGCUGCCGACGCCGCUGCAAACGCAGCUACCGCCGCCGCUGCUGCUGACAGUGCUAAUGCAGAGAGCCCAGGAGACCGGGCGGCAAAGGUGACCCGAUUUGAUCCUGCCUCAGUGCGUUGCAUAGAGGGCGGCGUGGAUUGGGACCUAGUGGAGGACCACGUGUCAUCUAUCAACUCUCUCUUCCCCUUUGAAGUCUCCCGUUUCUACUCAGCAGACUACCAGCAGCACCUCCUACAGAAGCUCUCAGACAGCGUCAAGCCGGAGUGGGCUGCGAUAGCUACGGCCGCUGCUAGCCCCCGAGCCAUGUCGAUCAAGGCUCGGGAAGGCAGGUUCGUGAGGGGCGGGAGGAGGCCGGUUGAUGUGGAGGAGGUGGGGAGAGGCGGGUGGGAGGCUCCUGAUUUGGGACCAGUGAUGGAGGAGGAAGGGGAGGGGGAGGAGGACGGGGGAGAAGAAGAGGAGGGUGGGGAGGAGGUGGAGGGGGAGAUGGGGGAAGGAGGAACGGGCGGGGAGGGUGAGAGUGAUGGGGAGGGGGGGUGGGGGGGUGAUGGGGAUGGAGGGGUGCAGCUGAUGCAGAGUAUGCUGACCAAUGAAGAGGGGAGUGGGGCGGGUAAAGAGAAGAGGGACAAUGCAGCAGUGGAAGUAGUGACGGGCAGCACUCCACAUGAGGUGGGGGGUGGUGGUGGUGGCGUGGAGCAUACGGGGGUGGAGGAUUGUGGGUCUCGGGUGCAGAAACACCACAGUGUGUUGACCAGUGAUGAGGGGUGUGGGGCUGGUGAGGAGAGAAGAGCCGAUGCAGCAAUGAAUGGUGGUGAAGUGGUGGAGCGUGUGGGGAUGGAAGAUGGUGAAGGGGUGCUGAAGGAUGGUGGUAGCGGGGAGGCGAAGGACGGAAAUGGGGGAAUGCUGCUGAAGGAUGGGAAUGAGGGGAUGACAGUGGACAUUAUAUCGGCGAUUGAGUUCGAUCGUAGCGGCGAGCACCUGGCGACGGGCGACAGAGGCGGGCGAGUGGUGCUGUUUGACCGCAUUGACCUGCGCGACGCGCGGGGUCGGCGGGAGAUGGAAGCGAGCGACUACCCCCCCGCUGCGCACCAGCAGAUCGACUACCGCUACUCCACCGAGUUCCAGAGCCACGAGCCUGAGUUCGACUACCUGAAAUCGCUGGAGAUAGAGGAGAAGAUAAACAAGAUCCGGUGGGUGAACUCCUCCCAGGGCGCGCUGUACGUGCUCUCCACCAAUGACAAGACCAUCAAGCUCUGGCGCGUCACGGAGCGCCGCGUCAAGGCCGUCUCGCAGUUCAACUGCCCGCCCCGCACAGCCGCCGACUACCUCGCCUCCGCCAACGCGCCAGCCGACCCAGCAGCAGCAGAUGCGCUCCCCACGCCCCCUGUGUCAGUGCCUGGCGGGCCACAGAUCAACCCGCGGUACCUCCCGCGCCCUGGAUCGCUGUCUGCUGCGUCGGCUACGGCCAGAGCGGUGGCUGCUGGCGCUGGAGCGGUGCUGAACGGUGUGGGCGAGGGCAUGGAGCUGGAUUUCCCUCCUGGAGGGUUUCCUCAACUGCGCCUCCCUGCUGUGGUGUCAACUAACGAGACCACGCUGGUGGCGCGGUGCCGCCGUGUCUUCUCCAACGCGCACGCCUACCACAUAAACUCCAUCUCCUGCAACAGCGACCGGGAGACGUUCAUAUCAGCGGACGACCUGAGGGUGAACCUGUGGAACCUGGAGAACAACUCGCAGAGCUUCAAUGUGGUGGACAUCAAACCCGCUAACAUGGAGGACCUCACAGAGGUGAUAACGUGUGCGGAGUUCCACCCAUCGCACUGCCACUCGCUCGCCUACUCCACGUCCAAGGGCACCAUCCGCCUCAUUGACAUGCGCCAGUCCGCCCUCUGCGACCAACACUCCAAGCUCUUCGAGGAGCAGGAACCCCCCGGCAACCGCUCUUUCUUCUCGGAAAUCAUCGCAUCCAUCAGCGAUGUCAAGUUCUCCAAUGACGGCCGCUACAUCUUUAGUCGCGACUACAUGACCGUCAAGCUGUGGGACAUUCACAUGGAAGCGCAACCGCUGGGAACGUUCAAAGUGCACGAGUUCCUGCGACCCAAGCUGUGCGACCUGUAUGAGAACGACUGCAUAUUUGACAAGUUCGAGUGCACACCCAGCGGGGACGGGUUGCGAUGCGCCUCUGGCUCCUACAGCAAUCUGUUUCGGGUGUUUGGAGUGGUGCCAGGGAGUGACGAGGCCUCGCUGCUCGAGUCCUCUAAAACACCAAACAGUCCUUCUAUUGGCCGGCCACGGUCACUUGAACUUUCUGAUUUCUCCCGUGUGGUUAUGGCAGAAGCGGUGGAUUCCAUGGAUCCCAACGGCAUGCAGCAUGACUUUUCUUCAAAGCUGUUGCACCUUGCGUGGCAUCCCAAGGCCAACCUCAUUGCCUGUGCCGCCUCCAACUCCCUCUACAUGUAUUAUGCCUGA